AUGGACCCCGAAGAACUCUAUACCAAACAAAAUUGCAUUGGAGGUGGAAGCUUUGGAAAGGUGUACAAAGGAGUCGACAAGCGGACUGGGCAAGCCGUGGCCAUCAAGGUCAUCGAUGUGGAAAAUGCUGAAGAUGAAGUUGAAGACAUCAUACAAGAAAUAUCUAUACUGUCGGAGCUGCAGUCUCCGUACGUGACCAAAUAUCAUGGCUCGUUCCUGAAGGGGUCAGAUCUCUGGAUCAUUAUGGAAUUUUGCUCUGGUGGGAGUUGCUCAGACCUCAUGAGACCUGGCCACAUUCACGAAGAUUACAUCUGCAUCAUCAUUCGCGAACUGCUGCUGGGUCUGGACUACUUGCAUACAGACAAGAAAUUACAUCGAGACAUCAAAGCCGCCAACAUUCUUCUGGGGCAGAAUGGGCAAGUGAAGCUGGCCGACUUUGGUGUGUCGGGACAAUUGUCAGCUACCAUGACCAAGAAAAACACCUUCGUCGGCACCCCCUUCUGGAUGGCUCCCGAGGUCAUCAAGCAGUCUGGCUAUGAUCACAAAGCAGACAUCUGGUCACUGGGCAUCACGGCCAUCGAGCUUGCGCAAGGAGAGCCUCCGUAUGCCGACAUACAUCCGAUGAAAGUGUUGUUUCUCAUUCCUAAAAAUCCUCCGCCAACUUUGCAUGGGAAUUUCUCCAAGACGUUCAAGGACUUUGUUGAGCUCUGUCUAAGACGAGAUCCUCGGGAGCGACCGUCGGCGAAGGAACUAUUGAAACACCCUUUCGUGCGCAAGGCAAAGAAGACGACUUACCUGACCGAGCUCAUCGAGAGAAAUGAAAGAUACAUGGCCACUCGCGGUAACCGAUCCUCAGACGACGAAGAUGAGGACGAAGAAGAGUCCCGGGGGCCUUACCCUUCAGCCUCGGAAAAUGAAGAUCUUUGGGACUUUGGGACCGUGAGACCAGCAGGUGGUCGAGCGGUGGGACUUCGCCCGAUGAACGAUUCCGACACCAAUGCCCGCGCCUCGACUGACAUGUCGACUAGCAAAAGCAAGUCUGAAUGGGACGAGACACUCAAGGCUCCAUCCUCCCCUCAAAAAUCGCCCGUCAAAUCUGCCUUUCCAACCCCGGCCAAGGUGCCGCUUCCACCAUCCCCAACGAAGAGCACUGGAUCGUCGUCCAGCGAGGCUCCUGGCCCUUAUAUCCAUAUACACGUUGCACAGUCUACAAACACCCCCAACACCCCCGGCGCCCCUCUUGCUAACAAGGGUGGCCCAUCACUGCCACAUAAAGAUAGCCCUGGAUCCAAUGAGUAUAACAAGGCCUUCCAAGCGCAAUUGGCCAAAGACAUGGGAUUUUUGAAGAUCAAUGGGGGAGACAGUCCAACGACCCAGGUACCUGAAGGGCAAACUCCGCCAGGGCAAAAGCCCCGCAUGCUCAUUCCAGAGAUUCCACCUUUCAAGGGAAAUCCAGGCAGAGGCGCGCCCUUCCAGAAAAAUGAAACACCGACCACUUCCAAGCCUACCGGGCAAAAGCCCCUCCCCGCCUUCUCGCCGAAAGAUCUUCCCUCCAUUCCACAAGCCCCUUCCACAGCAUCGAUGACCAACCAGCAGCCGCUGCCGCCCUUGACGAGUAAGAUCAGCCACCAAGCUGCAACAGCCGCGACUCCAAAUAGCACAUCCUCGAAAACGAACAACACACCGGCACAGACUAGGCAACAGGAUCCGAACCAAGGAGCUGAUGUAAAGCAAGACCCCAACCAAGGACUUACUGCACUAGACUCUGUCCUCAUUCCAGCACUCGAGGCAGCCAUGCACCGUCGAACAUAUAUGUUGAAGGAACUCGCACGCACUACUCAACUCGGCCCCUCCGCUGCAGCCGAAAUGCACCAACAAAGAGUUCAGACCCAUGAGAAGGUCAGAAGAUUGGCCGCCAAAGCUGUGGGGAUCCUCCAUGAGAUUCAACGAUGUGAUGAGGAGUGUCCCGUGGGUAUGGGUGGUGGAGUGACCGAGUUUUUGGAAGGGUUUUUGGAGGAGAUCCUGGUGAGAGUAGAGGCAGCAGAUGAGCCAUUACCGAGUCCAAGGAAGGCAUGA